GCAAGGAAGGGGCACGGUGGGGAGUCCCCGGGGGGAGGACGUUGCACCUCGAGAUGGGGCUGGUCUCAGCUGGUUCCUGUCUCGUGUGCAGGGGGCUGUGACCACUCGUCGCCCAGCAGGCGGGUCAGUGGCAAACAGACGUGGCUGCAGGUGACCCUGGAGCACGCAGCCCGGCUCCAUCAUCCUCACUGCUGAGCUCCAGGCAGGCACCGAGAGGGAGAGGGGCUGAGCCGGGCGUGUGCAGUGUGGGAGCAGGAGGCCAGGCCGGGACAUGGAGUCCUAGGCUCCCACAUGGCAGUGCCAAGCACUAGACCCUGAGCCCAGGCUCAGCAUCCCACCUGCUGCCCCCAUGCAGCAGGGCACUGGCAUGGGCCCUGCUUCUCCCCGGCACGCCCAGGCACAGGCAGGGCGCGUGGCACUGGGCGGUGCCCUUGCCCUGGGGAGAGCCGAGCUGCCCAGCCCAGCCCAGGCCCUGGGAGAACUGGAGGGAGGCUCCGGCUGGGACCGCUCGUUCUCCUCCCAUGCAAAGUGCCAAGGAGGGGGCGGCCGGGGAGCGUGGGAUGCUCGCCCGGAUACUGCUCCAAGCAGGAGCGAGCCGCGGCGUCUCUCCUUACACGUCCUGGGAGGCAGAUAAGCAGCGAGCGCUGUGGGGUACUCCCAGCAGCUCCCCGCAGGCAGGGCACCCGGCACGCAGCACCUCCCAGUUAGCCCCAGGACCCUCCCGCCUUGGCCGAGGGAGACGCCCGGGCAGCGCAGCCUCCCAGACCUGCCGAUGGGAGCAGACUGCCCGGGCUGGCCCGGGACUAGCAGCACCGCUGGGCUGGGCAUGGCCGAAAGCACCUUUGCAGGGGCGGAAGGGAAGCGAAUGGAGACGUGCAGCCCCAGGCCAGCCUCUGCCCCGGCUGGCGGGAAGAUGAGAGGCAGCCCAGGCACACCAAGGCUCCCCCCGGGCUGGAGGAGAGCAAGCCAGCGAGAGGUGGGCAGCAGCCAGGGAGCCAGCAACGCGCCCAGCGACAGCCACAGCGCGACGGGGCCCCUCCCAGCUGCAGGCAGGGGCCAUGCCAGCUGCGCUCUGCCCAGAGGGAGCGUGGGGAAGCUGUGUCCCGAGAACGCCGCCCGGGAGCGCAGCCGUGUGCGGACCCUGCGCCAGGCCUUCCUGGCGCUCCAGGCUGCGCUGCCCUCGGUCCCGCCGGACACCAAGCUCUCCAAGCUGGACGUGCUCGUCCUGGCCACCAGCUACAUUGCCCACCUGACCCACACCUUGCACCAGGGCCAGCCGCCCCCCGAGGCAGCCCCACUGGCGAGGGCGCCCAGCUUCCUGCACCCCAUGAAGAAAUGGCCCAUGCGGUCCCGUCUCUACGCUGGAGCCUGGGGCGCGGACGUUGCUGACAUACCUGCAGCUGCCCCCGCAGUCCCCAGCAGCAGGAUGAGGAGGGCCUGUGAGGGGGGCAGCCCGGGGGCCGGCGGGGCGGCCCUGUGACACCUCCCAGCCUGCAGCCCCCUGCAUGGAGCCGAGCCCUGGACUGGCCCAGCCGGCUGCCUGCGCCCCACAGGACUCGCCUCGUCUCUGAUCUCCCAGACCCCGGCACCAGCAGCCAUGUGCACCGGGCCUGGCUGCCCCGGCUGGCACCGCCUCCUGCCACUGGCUCCAGCUCUCCUAGGGGUCUCUGCUGUCCCGGGACAGCCCUGCCAGUGCCACGCCGCAGCGCCCCAUUGCCCGGCCUGGCCAGCGAGGGACCGCAGGAGAUGGACUCAUCCCCUCCCUGCAGGGCCAAGCCAGGCGCCAGGCCGAGAGGAAGAGGAGGGAAGAGAUGGGGGAGGAGGAAGCCUGGCUGGGCACAGGCCAGAGAGCAGGUGGGAGCCACAUCACAGCGUGCCCUGCCCAGCCCUUGCCGUGGUCCCUGACCCCACGCUGGGCGAUCUGGGUUUGAUGGGCAGCGCGGUCCAGUCCUGGGCAUCAGGACUCCUGGGUUCUGUUCUUGCUGACGCAGUCGGUAGCCUGGGCCAGGCCGCCAGAGCAUAUGGACAUGGGAUCCGAGCCGGGAGCCACCUCGCCCGCAGUCCCGGCUCUCAUGGUGGCCAGUGCCAGGCGCUGCAGGGGGGUCCCAGAACCCCGCAGUGGCAGCUGCAGCUAAUCCGCCCCGUGAAGGCCUCCCCCGGUCUCUAAGCAGGAGCCGCUGGAGGCCUGAAGCUGGGGUUUCAUUCGCUGCCCCGAAGUGCCCUUAAGGCAGAGUUCAGGCUGAGCACUGACCCUGCCAUGUGCCCACCCCAGCCUGGGACCCGUCUCGGUGCCCUUGGGAGCCCAACCUUCGCCUGCAGUGCAGACGGGCGUCCGGGACACUCCCUCUGCCCGUGGCUUGGAGAGCACUGCCCAGCACCACGUGCCGGUCUCAAGCCAGUGCCCCGGGCACGGGGACCUUCGAGCCGUUUGGCUAUUAAAGUGAGUGCUGUAUGGGGGAGCCCCUUGAGCACCCCCGCACCACUGACCCUCCUCCUGCCCGUGCACAGUGACUGCGGGGGGCCCAGCAGGAUUGACAUCUGUCCCAUGCGGUCUGGGCACUGUCUGGGCUGCCGCUGUUGUGCAACGGCCCUGUCAUUAAAUGCUGCCUAGUGUCUCUCAGCCCCUGCAGCGCCCCAUGAGCACAGCAAUUCUCCGGCCAAGCUGACUACACGGGGAUUUCCCAGCACUCGGACGAAUCGGCUCUUAAACCGUCACCAUCGUGCAGCACCCCUGCCUUCCAACCAGUGACUGUUACUGAUCCCGGCGCUGGGAGCCCUGGGAGCCACGGGCAGCCCCUCUCUGAACUCCCCAGAUACUUGCCUCAACAACUUCCAGUGGCAGCGAGUUCCACAGGCUGAUUACGCAGCAUGGAACCAAUCUUUCCUUGUAUCAGCUCUGAAUUCCCCCCUUUGAACGUCCUUGACGGUCCCUUAGGCUUGGCCUCUGGGGCCGGGGGAGCAGAAUCUGCCUUCUCUGAGCGUCCUGGUUUUAGAGCCUUGUAGCACAUCCCUUCUCUGUCCCCCUGGAAGGCAACCAGCCCAGUUGUCUGUCUGUGCACAGCAGAGGUUUUCCAGCCCGUGUUGCCCUCUGCUGACCCCCCCGCUCUGCGCUCUCCUUGGCAGGGGAGGGCCCCGCACUGCACAUGGGGGCUCUGGAUUAUUCACUGCCUCCUUCCUUGUGUGACCCAGCGUUGGGCUCUGUGCCCCGGGCGCUCCCUGCCCCCGGGGGGCUGGGACAAUGCACAGCUGGGGGAGGGGGGGG